AUGGGUUUGCUUGGACCACUACCGUCAGCAACGCGGCGCCUCAAGGAUGUCAUCGAGGCUAGUGGUGCAUAUUACUAUUUCGAGAUUGGCUAUGGUGAUGUUAUCCUCAGCUCUAGCAUCAUCGCCAAGCAGUUUUAUGAAACACUGGUUAAGGCCCGUAGGACCCACUAUCUCGUUGUUCGCUUAAAGUGGGAUGGCACACUGAAAGAUCUCCGUGUUCUGGAGGCUGCAAUCAAUCGAAUCAACAUAUCUAAACUUUACAUUCAGGCCAUGGGAGAUAAAGAACCUCUAUUCGAUGUCAUCAAUCGCGGUCGUCGCUAUGAUCCACUCCUACAACUAAUGGCCAACGGAUGGAUCCAGAAUAUGGAGAUCAACACAAGCGGUAGCUUUUACCGGCGUGUCAGCAAAUCCUUCGUUAUGACCCAUCAUCUCCGAAGACUUUGUAUCGAAUUCAAGCGCGGAACAUACAUGUCUCCGAACCUUGAAAAGCUGUUCCUGAGGCGAGAAAAACACGCUAUCCCCUUGGCUUUAUGUCACGGUGCGAUCCAGGCCGUGGACGCUGAGAUUGACGCUCUUUGUCAGAGUUUAGCUCUGACAGUACUCCCCAAGAGGGCAACAGAGCAGCACCGUUAG